AUGGGCGAGCCCUGGUCACGGCGGGCACCCCUCCUGCCCAGCCCACCCGCCCGGACACCGCCUGGCACCACAGGGGGCCUGGAGGACAUGCCCCAGGGUCUGGGCCUCAGGGUUGGACGGUGGGCACCAAGGGGGGCCCUGCGGGGCAGCCCCGACGGGUCCUGCCAGUCGGCCACCCACCAAGGCCACCCUGGGGUGCUGCCACCCCGCAGCUUGCGGCUCCUCCCUACUUCAUUUCGGGGCCGGGAGCGCUGGGCAUCGGGGAACCCCUUGGCCUGCCGGGCGCUGCUGCUGGCCAUGCCGCCCCGCCUGCUCCUGAGCCUCCGCCAGGUCCAGGCUGGGACCCAGGGCGGAUCGCAGCAGCAGCACUGGGUGGCCCAGAAGCAUAUGGGCUUUGGCGGGCACAGCGGCAACAGCAGCGCCCAGGCAGCCCGCACCCGCCUCCCGCUCCCCGCAGCCCUGAACCCCGCGCACCACGGCCGGGUGUGCAGCGCCUGGGGCGACUUCCACUACAAGACCUUCGACGGCGACGUCUUCCGCUUCCCCGGCCGCUGCAACUACGUGUUCUCCGCGCACUGCGGGGCCGCCUACGAGGACUUCAACGUGCAGCUGCGCCGCGGCCUGGACGGCACCCAGCCCACCAUCACCCACGUCGUCCUCAAGACCCAGGGGCUGGUGCUGGAGGCCUCCAACGGCUCCGUCCUGGUCAACGGGCGGCGGGAGGAGCUGCCCUACAGCCGCGCGGGCAUCCUGGUGGAGCAGAGCAGCGCCUACGUCAGGGUGGACAUCCGGCUGGUGCUGACCUUCAUGUGGAACGGGAAGGACUUCGCCCUGCUGGAGCUCAACCCCAAGUACGCCAACCAGACCUGCGGCCUGUGUGGGGACUUCAACGGGCAGCCGGCCGUCCGUGAGCUCUACGCGCACAACACCAGGCUGACCCCCCUGCAGUUUGGAAACCUGCAGAAGCUGGACGGGCCCACGGAGCAGUGCCCCGACGUCCUGCCCCUGCCCCCCGAAAACUGCACGGACAGGGAGGGCGUGUGCCGUCGCACGCUGCUUGGCCCAGCCUUCAGCCUCUGCCACGCGCUGGUGGACCCCGAGGUGUACGUGGCCGCCUGCACCCAGGACCUCUGCCGCUGCCCCGAAUGCCCCUGCGCCACCUUCGCCGAGUACUCCCGCCAGUGCGCCCACGCGGGGGGCCAGCCCCAGAGCUGGAGGAGCCCUGACCUCUGCCCCCAGACGUGCCCGCCCGGCAUGCAGCACCGGGAGUGCGGCUCGCCCUGCGCUGACACCUGCUCCAACCAGCGCAGCCAGCUCUGCGAGGACCACUGUGUGGACGGCUGCUUCUGCCCCCCAGGCACGGUACUGGACGACGUGGGCCACGCGGGCUGCGUGCCCCUGGAGCGGUGCCCCUGCUCGCACAGAGGCCGCACCUACACCGCGGCGGAGUCCUUCACUGCCAACUGCCGCUCCUGCACCUGCUCCGGGGGGCGCUGGCAGUGCCAGGACCUGCCAUGCCCUGGCACCUGCUCUGUGAAGGGCGGCUCGCAUGUGUCCACCUUCGACGGGAAGCUGUAUGACGUGCACGGGGACUGCAGCUACGUGUUGGCCAAGAACUGUGCAGAGAAGGGGCUGGAGGCCUUCUCGGUGCUGGCCGAGCUGCGCAGGUGCGGGCUGACCGACAGCGAGACCUGCCUGAGGGCCGUGACGCUCAGCCUGCACGGCGGGGACACGGCCAUCCGCAUCCAGGCCAACGGAGGGGUAUUCCUGAACUCCAUCUACACCCAUCUGCCUGUGUCUGCAGCCAACAUGACCAUCUUCCAGCCUACGUCCUUCUUCGUCCUGGUGCAGACGGGCCUCGGGCUGCAGCUGCAAGUGCAGCUGGUGCCCCUCAUGCAGGUGUACAUCCGGCUGGAGCCCGUCCACAGAGGCCAGACGUGUGGGCUCUGCGGGAACUUCAACCAGAACCGGGCCGACGACUUCCGCACGCUCAGCGGCGUGGUGGAGGGCACGGCCGCCGCCUUCGCCAACAGCUGGAAGACGCAGGCCACCUGCCCCGACGUCCGGAACGGCUUCGAGGACCCCUGCGCGCUCAGCGUGGAGAACGAGAACUACGCCCAGCACUGGUGCUCCCUGCUGACCGACCCCACGGGCGCCUUCUCAGCCUGCCACUCCCUGCUCUCCCCGACACCCUUCCACGCGAACUGCAUGUUCGACACCUGCAACUGCGAGAAGAGCGAGGACUGCAUGUGCGCGGCCCUGUCCUCCUACGUGCGCGCCUGCGCCGCCCUGGGCGUGCUGCUGGACGGCUGGAGGGACGGCGUCUGCACCAAGUACACGAGCAGCUGCCCCAAGUCGCAGAGCUACGCCUACGUGGUGGACCGCUGCCAGCCCACCUGCCGCGCCCUGAGCCAGGCGGACGUGACUUGCGGCGUGGCCUUCGUGCCAGUGGACGGCUGCACCUGCCCCUCGGGCACCUUCCUGGACGAAAAAGGCAUCUGUGUGCCCCCCGAGGCCUGCCCCUGCUACUUCCGCGGCUCCACGCUGGCCGCCGGGGAGGUCGUGCACGACAACGGCGUGGUGUGCUCGUGUGCGAGUGGGAAGCUGAACUGCCUAGGAGCCGCGGAGCAGAAGAGCGUGGGGUGUCAGCCCCCCAUGGUGUACCUGAACUGCAGCAACGCCUCUGCGGGCGCGCACGGGGCCGAGUGCCUCAGGAGCUGCCACACGCUGGACGUGGGCUGUUUCAGCACCGACUGCGUGUCCGGCUGCGUGUGCCCCCCGGGGCUGGUGUCCGACGGGAGCGGGGGCUGCGUGGCCCCGGAGGACUGCCCCUGCUGGCACAACGAGGCCAGCUACCGGCCGGGCGAGACCAUCAGGGUGGACUGCAACACCUGCAAAUGCAAGAACCGCAAGUGGGAGUGCAGCCACCAGCCCUGCCUGGGCACCUGCGUGGCCUAUGGGGGCGGCCACGUCAUCACCUUCGAUGGCCAGCGCUACAGCUUCGAGGGCAGCUGCGAGUACACACUGGCCCAGGACCACUGCGGGGGCAGCGGCGCGUCCAAUGGGACCUUCCGCAUCGUCACCGAGAACGUGCCCUGCGGCACCACGGGCAUCACCUGCUCCAAGGCCAUCAAGAUCUUCCUGGAGAGCUACGAGCUGAUCCUCCACGAGGGGACCCACAAAGUGGUGCAGAGGGGCCCUGGCGGAGACCUGCCCUACAGGGUCCGGUUCAUGGGCAUCUACCUGGUGGUGGAGACCCGCAGCGGCCUGCUCGUGGCCUGGGACCGGAAGACCAGCGUGUUCAUCCGGCUGGAGCAGGACUACAAGGGCAGGGUCUGCGGGCUGUGCGGGAACUUCGACGACAACGCGGCCAACGACUUCACCACGCGCAGCCUGUCCGUGGUGGGCGACGCGCUGGAGUUCGGCAACAGCUGGAAGUUCUCCCCGUCCUGCCCCGACGCCCCCCCCCAGGACGCCUGCAGCGUCCACCCGAACCGCCGCCCCUGGGCGCAGAAGCAGUGCAGCGUCAUCCACGGCCCCGCCUUCGCCGCCUGCCGCGCCCACGUGGAGCCGGCCGGGUACUACGAGGCCUGCGUGAGCGACGCCUGCGCCUGCGACCUGGGCGGCGACUGCGAGUGCUUCUGCACGGCCGUGGCCGCCUACGCCCAGGCCUGCCACGACGUGGGCGUGUGCGUGGCCUGGCGCACCCCCGACAUCUGCCCCCUGUUCUGCGACUACUACAACCCGCAAGGGGAGUGCGAGUGGCACUACCGGCCCUGCGGGGCGCCCUGCAUGCGGACCUGCCGGAACCCCAGUGGGCACUGCCUGAUGGACCUGCCCGGCCUGGAAGGCUGCUACCCAGAGUGCCCAGCCAGCAAGCCGUUCUUCAGUGAGGACCAAAUGCAGUGCGUGGCCCAGUGCGGCUGCUACAGCGAGGACGGCGACUACUACGAAGUGGGCGUGAGGGUCCCCACGGCAGAGAACUGCCAGCGCUGUGACUGCACCGCCAGAGGCCUCCAGUGCACACACAGCCUUGAGGCCUGCAGGUGCACCUACGAGGGCAGGACCUACGGCUACCAGGACAUCGUCUACAACACCACUGACGGGCUCGGGGGGUGCCUGGUCGCCGUGUGUGGGGACAACGGGACAAUCCACCGGACGGCCGUGGACUGCCCCAGGUUGCCGCCGACCACGCCCUUCACCUUCACCACCGGCACGGCGCCGCCCCCCUCAGCGGGCUCGGCGCCCGUCCCCACCACCGUGUGCGUGCGCAAGCUGUGCAGCUGGUCCGACUGGUACGACAGCGGCCGCCCCCAGCCCGGCGCGGGCGGCGGGGACGUGGAGACCCUGGCGAGGCUGCGCGAGCAGGGCUUCCGCGUCUGCCCGGCCCCCGCCGGCCUCGAGUGCCGCGCGCAGCUGCUGCCGGACACGCCCCUGGGGGCGCUGGGCCAGAAGGUGGAGUGCGACCCGGCCCUGGGGCUGACCUGUCGCAACAGCGAGCAGGACCCCCCGCUGUGCCACAACUACGAGGUGCGGGUGCUGUGCUCCACCAGCACCCCCACCCCCUCUAUGCCGUCCAAGGCGAUCAGCACCCUGGGGACCGCCAGCCCCACGGCCCCGGGCACCACCCCCUGCCAGCCCCGCUGCCACUGGACAGAGUGGUUUGACGAGGAUUACCCCAAGUCCGAGGAGGCCGGGGGGGACAUGGAGACCUACGAGAAGAUCCGGGGCGCCGGGCACGUCCUGUGCGAGCAGCCAUGGGACAUCCAGUGCCAGGCGGAGAACUUCCCUGGCCAGACGCCCACCGAGCUGGGCCAGCACGUGCACUGCGACCCCAAGGUGGGCCUGAUCUGCAGGAACGAGGAGCAGCCGGGGCUGUUCAAGAUGUGUCUCAACUACAGGAUCCGGGUGCUGUGCUGCAGCGCUGAGCACUGCAAGCAGCCCACGGCCACGGCGCCCACGGCCAGCCCUUUCACCCGCGGGGCCUCCAGCGCCGCGACCACCAGCACCGUCUCACCCUCCACGCCUCUGACCACAGUGCCGGGGACCUGGCCGGAAACCACACAGGGGACGACAGGGCUCACCUCGCGGGAGCAAACCCCUUCAAUUGUUACGGUGGGGAUGUCCACCACACCCCUGGGGACAGCCCAGCAGAAGAGCUCAACCGGCAGUACUGAGAGCCGGCCACCCACCUCACACACUGAGACCAGCACAUGGAGGGCGGAGUCGACACCAGGGACUGAGACCACCACAGCGGCCACCGCAGGGACCACAUCAGUGGCCACCACAAGGUCCACAGUAGUAGCCAGCACAGCGGCCACCACAGGGCCCACAUCAGUGGCCACUACAAAGGCCACCGCAGCAGCCACCACAGGGACCACAUCAGCAGCCACCACGGAGGCCACCACUGGCCAGAGCUCGACCAACUGCCAGCCCAAGUGCGAGUGGACAGAGUGGUUUGACACAGACUUCCCCAGCUCGGGGGUCAAGGGGGGGGACGUGGAGACCUACGAGAAUAUCAGGGCGGCUGGGGGCAGGAUCUGCGCGACGCCGCAGAAGAUAGAGUGCCGCGCAGAGAGCUACCCCGAGGUGAGCGUGGACCAGAUCGGGCAGGUACUGACCUGCAGCCUGCAGACCGGGCUGGUCUGCAGGAACGAGGACCAGCAGGGGCCCUUCAGCAUGUGCUUCAACUACAACGUGCGUGUGCUCUGCUGCGACGAUGUCCGCCACUGCCCCAGCAGCCCAGCCACCCGGCCAACCCCCCGGCCCACACCCAGCCCUGGCACGCCCACAGCAGCCAGCCCCGCCGGCCCCACCAUCCACACCAGCCUGGCGCCCCGCACCCGCGCUACCACCCGCACGCUGCCGCCCAGCCUGGCCACCGCCACCGCCUCCACGGCCAGGCCCACCCGGCCCUCAGGGAGCCUGGCCACCUCGCCCCCAGGCCCCAUACAGACGUCAGCCCAGCCCACCUCUGGCCCCACGUCAGUCCCCGUGACCCCAACGGGCACAUCCACGGCCUGCCAGCCCCGCUGCACCUGGUCAGACUGGUUGGACAGCAGCUUCCCGCAGCCGGGGGACUCUGGGGGUGACUUCGAGACCUACGACAACAUCCGCACCGCCGGCGGGGCAGUGUGCGAGCGGCCCGUGGAGCUGGAGUGCCGGGCAGAGUCGAGGCCGGGCGAGCCCCUGCACCGGCUGGGCCAGGUCGUGCAGUGCCGGCUGGAGGAGGGGCUUGUGUGCCGCAACCGAGACCAGGCCGGCAGCUUUAAGAUGUGCCUCAACUACCAGGUGCGUGUGCUCUGCUGCGACUACAGCCACUGCCCCGGGACGCCGGCCCCCACCGGGCCCACGGCCAGCACCACCAGGGGGCCACUCCCGUGGUCCAAGACUCCUGGCCAGGCCCACCCCUCCUCCCCCGGGACCACCCAGAGGGUCACCACCCCCGGCAGCGGACCCUCCUCCCACAGGGUCACCACCCCUGGCACCGGACCCUCCUCCCCCGGGACCACCCAGACGGUCACCACCCCCGGCACCGGACCCUCCUCCCCCGGGACCACCCAGAGGGUCACCACCACAACCCCCGGCUCCGGACCCUCCUCUGCCUGGACCACCCAGAGGGUCACCACCACCACCCCUGGCACUGGACCCUCCUCCCCCGUGACCACCCAGAGGGUCACCACCACCAACUCUGGCACCGGACCCUCCUCCCCCGUGACCACCCAGAGGGUCACCACCCCCGGCACCGGACCCUCCUCUCCCGUGACCACCCAGAGGGUCACCACCCCUGGCACCGGACCCUCCUCCCCCGGGACCACCCAGACAGUCACCACGCCCAGCACCGGACCCUCCUCUGCCUGGACCACCCAGAGGGUCACCACCACCACCCCUGGCACCGGACCCUCCUCCCCUGUGACCGCCCAGAGGAUCAAGACCCCCAGCACCGGACCCUCCUCCCCCGGGACCACCCAGACGGUCACCACCCCCGGCACCGGACCCUCCUCCCCCGGGACCACCCAGAGGGUCACCACCCCCGGCACCGGACCCUCCUCCCACACGGUCACCACCCCCGGCACCGGACCCUCCUCCCCCGGGACCACCCAGAGGGUCACCACCACAACCCCCGGCUCCGGACCCUCCUCCGCCUGGACCACCCAGAGGGUCACCACCACCACCCCUGGCACUGGACCCUCCUCCCCCGUGACCACCCAGAGGGUCACCACCACCAACUCUGGCACCGGACCCUCCUCCCCCAGGGUCACCACCACCACCCCUGGCACCGGACCCUCCUCCCCCGUGACCACCCAGAGGGCCACCACCACCACCCCCGGCACCGGACCCUCCUCUCCCGUGACCACCCAGAGGGUCACCACCCCUGGCACCGGACCCUCCUCCCCCGGGACCACCCAGACAGUCACCACGCCCAGCACCGGACCCUCCUCUGCCUGGACCACCCAGAAGGUCACCACCACCACCCCUGGCACCGGACCCUCCUCCCCUGUGACCGCCCAGAGGAUCAAGACCCCCAGCACCGGACCCUCCUCCCCCGGGACCACCCAGACAGUCACCACCCCCGGCACCGGACCCUCCUCCCCUGUGACCACCCAGAGGGUCACCACCCCUGGCACCGGACCCUCCUCCCCCGGGACCACCCAGACGGUCACCACCCCCGGCACCGGACCCUCCUCUGCCGGGACCACCCAGAGGGUCACCACCACCACCCCCAGCACCGGACCCUCCUCCCCCGUGACCACCCAGACAGUCACCACGCCCAGCACCGGACCCUCCUCUGCCGGGACCACCCAGAGGGUCACCACCACCACCCCUGGCACCGGACCCUCCUCCCCCGGGACCACCCAGACGAGGGUCACCACCACAACCCCCGGCACCGGACCCUCCUCCCCCGGGACCACCCAGACGGUCACCACCCUCGGCACCGGACCCUCCAUCACCACCCCCGGCACCGGACCCUCCUCUGCCGGGACCACCCAGAGGGUCACCACCACCACCCCUGGCACAGGACCCUCCUCCCCUGUGACCACCCAGAGGAUCAAGACCCCCAGCACCGGACCCUCCUCCCCCGUGACCACCCAGACAGUCACCACGCCCAGCACCGGACCCUCCUCUGCCUGGACCACCCAGAGGGUCACCACCACUACCCCUGGCACUGGACCCUCCUCCCCUGGGACCACCCAGACAGUCACCACCCCCGGCACCGGACCCUUCUCCCCCGUGACCACCCAGAGGGUCACCACCCCUGGCACCGGACCCUCCUCUGCCAGGACCACCCAGAGGGUCACCACCACAACCCCCGGCACCGGACCCUCCUCCCCCGUGACUGCCCAGAGGAUCAAGAUCCCCAGCACCGGACCCUCCUCCCCUGGGACCACCCAGACAGUCACCGCGCCCAGCACCGGACCCUCCUCCACCGUGACCGCCCAGAGGGUCAAGACCCCCGGCACCGGACCCUCCUCCCCUGUGACCACCGAGAGGGUCGCCACCACCAACCCUGGCACCGGACCCUCCACCCCCAGGGUCACCACCACCACCCCUGGCACCGGACCCUCCUCCCCCGGGACCACCCAGACAGUCACCACCCCCGGCACCGGACCCUCCUCCACCGUGACCAUCCAGAGGGUCACCACCACCAACCCUGGCACUGGACCCUCCUCCCCCAGGGUCACCACCCCUACCGCCGGUACUGGACCCUCCACCCCUGGGCCCACCAGGAGGGUCACUGUUCCCCACUCAUCUGCAUCCCCCGAGACCCCUGGCACCCCACACACCCUCGGCACCUCGCUGGCCCCCAGCUCCACCACGCCUGUCUCCGGCAUGGCCACGGCAGCCACUCCCACCCGUGGGGUCUGUGAGCCUCGCUGCACGUGGACGGACUGGUUCGACGAGGAUUACCCCACGCCCGACCCCGAUGACGGGGACUUCGAGACCCUGGCGGUCAUUCGCGCUGCCGGCCACCACGUCUGCACGCACCCCCAGGCCAUCGAGUGCCGCUCGGAGCAGGCCCCGGACGCGGCCCUGGCAGCGCUGGGCCAGGUGGUGGUCUGCAACGCGAGCCUGGGGCUGGUGUGCCGCAACCGGGAGCAGCACGGGCCGCAGCACUUCUGCCACAACUACCGGGUGCGCCUGCUGUGCUGCGAGGUCGCCCCGGCCUGCACCAGCCCGGCACCCACUGUCCCCACGGCCACGCCCACCCUGCCCUGGGGGAGCCUGGCCACCUCCCGCACGCUGCCGCCCAGCCCGGCCACACCCUGCUUCUGCCAGGCCUUUGGGUCCCUCUUCUCUCCUGGGGACAUCGUCUACAACAGGACGGACGCGGCCGGCUGCCGCUUCUACGCCGUCUGCAACCAGCACUGCGAGCUGGACCGCUUCCCGGGUGCCUGCCCCACGGUCUCGCCCCCCACGCGGCAGCCCACCACCCCGGUCUCGGGCUGUGACCUGCUCAUCCCUCCCCGGCAGGUGAACGAGACCUGGACCCUGGAGAACUGCACAGUGGCCAGGUGUGAGGGUCACAACCACAUCACCCUGCUGGAGCCCGAGCCCGUGGACAGCAUCAUCUGCGCCAGCGGGCAGCUGCCCAUCAAAAUGUGGCCCGAGGACAAGCCGUGCGCCUACCACUACGAGUGCGAGUGCAUCUGCAGAGGCUGGGGGGGCUCCAACUACUCCACCUUCGACGGCACCGCCUACUCCUACUCGGACAACUGCACCAGCAUCCUCCUGCGGGAGAUCUCCCCUCGCUACGGGAACCUCAUGGUGCUCCUGGACAACCACUACUGCAAGGCCGCCACGCACGCCACCCACUGCCCGCGCGCCAUCAUCAUCCACUUUGCGUCCCAGGAGGUCAUCCUCACCACCACGGGCAGCAGGCAGGACCAGGGCCUGAUCCUGUUCAACGGAGUGCGGGUGAGCCAGGACUUCAGCAAGGCCGGCGUGAAGGUGUCCCAGCGGGAGGCCACCGCCAUGGCCCUUGACAUCAUGGCCGCCGGCGUGAGCAUCAGCUUCAACGGGCACACGUUCCAGAUCCAGCUGUCCUACAGCCGCUUCAGCUACAACACGGAGGGCCAGUGCGGCACCUGCACCAACAACCAGGGGGACGACUGCCGCCAGCAGGACGGCACCAUGGCCUCCAGCUGCCGGGACAUGGCCGCCACCUGGCUGGUCCCUGACAGCAGCAGGGAGGGCUGCGAGGUGCGGCCCAGCCCGAGCCCCAGGAGCACGUUCCCGGGGCCCACCACCAGCCCGUGCCCCGCCCCACCUGUCUGUGAGCUGCUGCUGAGCCAGCUCUUCGCCGAAUGCCACCCCCUCGUCCCGCCCGGCCCCUUCUUCAACGCCUGCGUCAAAGAGAGCUGCGGGGUGGCGCGUCCCACCCACCCGUGCCAGAGCCUGGAGGUCUAUGCGGCGCUCUGCCGGGCCCAGGGCGUCUGCAGCGACUGGCGCAACGCCACCCACGGGCUGUGUGGUGAACCUCACCUGCCCCCGGGGAAGGUGUACAAGCCCUGCGGGCCCGCCCAGCCCAGGACCUGCGACUCCAGGGCCCCAGCCCCCGAGAGCACCGCGCAGGUGGAGGGCUGCUUCUGUCUGGACGGCCAGCUCCUCCUCGACACACACACGGGCCUGUGUGUGCCCCAGUGCCCCUGCGUGGGACCCGACGGACUCCCCAGAUUACCCGGAGAGCGGUGGGUGAGCGACUGCCAGGACUGCGUGUGCGAGCCCCACUCCAUGGCGGUGCAGUGCCAGCCCGUGCGCUGCGAGGCCCCGGGCCCACCCCCGAAAUGUGCCCAGCCCGGCUUCGUGCCGGCGACCGGGCCCUUGGCCACCUGCUGCCCAGAGACGCUGUGUGUCUGCAACACCUCCACCUGCCCCCAGAGCCCCCCGGAGUGCGGGCCCGGGGAGGAGCUGGUCCGCACGCGGGACGACGACCAGUGCUGCCCUGCCUUCACCUGCCGCCCCAAGCUGUGCGAGUACAACGGCUUCGUUUACGGGGUCGGCACCACCUUCCCCGCGGAUGUCCCCUGCCACACCUGCACCUGCCUGGCCAUGGGCACCCGGGCCCCGGUCGUGCAGUGCACGAAGGACGCCUGCCUGACCGCCCCGUGCCCCCAGGGCUUUGAGCACACCGCGGUGCCCGGAGAGUGCUGCGAGCAGUGCCUGCAGAAGGCCUGCAUCACGCCCGACGGCCAGCCGGUCCAGCCCGACCAGACCUGGGUCAACAGCCUCGUGGACAACUGCACCGUGUACCGCUGCGUGGCCGAGGGCGGCCUCUACGUGCUGACACCCGGGCCCGCGUCCUGCCCGGACGUGUCCGUCUGCAGGGGCACCCUCAGGAAAUCCGGCUGCUGCUACUCCUGUGAGCCCGAGGAGACCUGCCAGGCACAGGCCAGCAUGACGGUCCUGAGGGUGGGGGACUGCACCAGCCAGACCGCGGUCAACAUGCCCUUCUGCGAGGGCCCCUGCCCGGGCAUGUCCAAGUACUCCCCGGAGGCCCGGGUCAUGCAGCACCAGUGCACCUGCUGCCAAGAGACCAGGGUCCACGCGGCGGUGGCGACGCUGCACUGUCCCAACGGCACCACCGUCCAGCACAGCUACACCCACGUGGACGAGUGCAGCUGCACCCCGUCCUGCCUGCCCGCAGCCCCCGAGGACGGCACCCCCUUCCUCACACGCUAG